AUGCAGCCUCCCGUCGGAACCGACCACAAAGAUGAUAUAGAGGAGGGUGAUGCCAGAAGGCUCGAUUCGCAGCCCGACACACACUUCGAUUUGAAAAAAGAGGAGAUAGCAAAGAACGUUGGAACCUUGCAACGAAGACUCAAAUCACGACAUAUUCAAUUCCUUGCUCUAUCAGGCGCUAUUGGGACGGGCCUCUUCGUGGGUACUGGUCAGGUCAUCUCGUUGGCAGGGCCAUUAUCCGCCGUGCUUGCCUACUUCAUUACUGGAUUCAACCUAUACGCAGUGAUAAACAGCAUGGGUGAAAUGGCGACUUGGCUUCCACUACCCGGUGCCGUUCCUGUAUAUGCUGCCCGAUUUGUCGACGAAGCCCUAGGCUUCACACUUGGCUGGAACUACUGGUAUCAAUUUGCAAUUGGUGUUCCGAUCGAAAUUAGCGCUGCAGCUCUGGUGAUUGACUACUGGCCCAACGCUGUAUCUUCUGCCGUCUGGAUUACGGUUCUAUUCGUCGCCAUUUUCGUGGUCAAUUAUCUGCCGGUUCGCGUCUACGGUGAGCUAGAAUUCGUCCUCGGAUCUAUCAAGCUCACGACCAUCAUAGGCUUGAUGCUACUCAUGUUUAUCAUCACGCUGGGUGGCACACCGACACAUGAUCGCAUUGGAUUCCGAUAUUGGCAGCAACCUGGACCUAUGAACGAGUACUUGGAGACGGGAUCACUUGGACGGUUUUUGGCGUUUUGGAAAGUAUUCAUCCAGGCGACCUUCAGCUAUGGAGGUAGCGAGAUGGUAGUUGUUGCGGCCGGAGAGACCGAAAACCCAAGAAGGAACAUUCCCAAGGCUGUACGUCGUGUAUUUUGGCGAAUCGCCAUAUUCUACGUUGGCAGUAUUUUCCUGGUUACUCUAUGCGUCUCAUCUCGGGACCAUCGGCUACUAAAUGCUAUUGACUCUGGAGCAUCAGGUGUCGGAGCCAGUCCUUUCGUUAUUGCAAUUGAAAACGGGGGGAUCAAAGUACUGCCAUCUAUCAUCAAUGCAGUCGUCCUCACUUCAGCGUUGUCUGCAGGGAAUUCUUUCUUCUACGCAUCGACUCGAAUUCUAUACUCCACAGCCCUCGACGGGAAAGCACCACGAUUCCUUCGCUACGAAAAGUUUGGCGUUCCAUAUGCCUGCGUAGGCGUCACGGCUGCCUUGAGUCUCCUUGUUUAUCUUAACGUCUCAGCCAGCUCUGCAGAUGUCUUUUUCUGGAUUAGCAACCUGAGCUCUGUCAGCACGCUCAUUGUGUGGACGUCCAUCUCAAUCACUUACAUCCGUUUCAACCAAGGGCUAAAGCAUCAUGGUAUCCCGAGAUCAUCACUUCCUUUCAAAGCACCAUUCCAACCAUACCUCGCAUACUUUGCAGCAAUCUUUUCGUCAACUGUGGCAUUUUUUAAUGGAUUCGAUGCUUUUUUCCCCGGUCAUUUCAGUGCGAAGAGCUUCAUUCCUCCUUACAUCGAUAUUCCAAUUUUCGCCGGCCUGUUCCUCGGGUACAAGAUUUUGUACAAGACAAAAUUUGUGAAGGUGGAAGACAUGGAUCUGUGGUCUGGUAAAGAGGAGGCUGACGAGCUGGAAUCAACGUGGGAAGAGCCCAAGCCACGCAAUUUUCUCGAACGGAUCUGGUUCUGGAUUGCUUAA